AUGGAUAUCGAACAGCCAAACUCGUUUGUCUCAGCUUCGGCAGGCGUCGAGGAUACCACCACGCAUACGCAUGCAGACGCGGGGGCUGCUGUCACACAUUCAGCCUCAGAGCCACGCUCGCCGUCAGCAGCUAGCACGGCCACAGAGCGACCCGCCGACCACCUCCCUUCUCCGACCAAGCCGCCCUCCAUCGAUUCUAACUUGUCCAGCGUGCAAGGCAAGACCGCUGGUACGCCACCAGAUCAUGAUCAUGGUGCCGAUGCUGACGAGACGGUAAGCUCCAUUUGGGAUGAGUCGGUCGACAACAAGACACCCACACCACAAGCUUCAUCUGCUCCAGUCGCAGCUAUCCGAGCAUCUUCAUCAGCGCCGCAUCCAACGUCUGUCUCUUCAAAUACCAGGCCAGAUUGGAUGACAGACGACUUGGAUGAGUCUUGGCCGGACGAGGGCUUGGCUGUUGAAACAACAACAUCUCGACUUGAUGCGAACCACUACGCUGCCGCAAAUUCCAAUUCUCUCACAGUCUCAACCGCAGCACGGCCGGCAUCCGAGUCGGCUCAGCCAGAUCCACCUCUCUCUCCUACACGCUCUGCGGCUUCAAGCCGAGCAUUAGCCACACCGUCCAUGUCCUCACGGCCUCCCGUUUCUGCAUUUGACCCAACUGCACUUCCAAAUCCUGCCUUCUCAGCAGCUCGGCAUCAAGCGCGUCGUGCAUUGCUCAAAUCGAGACUCUCGGCUGCCGCUGCUCCAACACCCAAAGCGCCGCCAGUCUCCAGCAAUCUUCAAGCUGGUCCCUCUACACCUUCGCUCCGUCUGCCCAGUCAUCAGAAUCGUCGCCACCGUCGUGGCCAACCAGAGGCAGAAAACCAAGAGGGCGAUAGUACCAUCUGGUCCGAGUCUGAAUCCAACUCUGACUCGGCCUCCAACGACUCGGCACCCGACGACUUCGAAAGUGCACGCGGCUCUUUGGCGGAAAACUCUCGUAUUACCAACAUGCAGACGGCUCAACAUUCCAGAGCCGUUUCGCAAACGCAGGACCCCCAAUCCCCAGCCUCGGCUUCCAAUGCUUCCGCCGCACAGGGCACAUUCAUUCAUAAGGCCGACGCUUCUUCUUUACCGCCCGUCCUGCGUCCCGUCUGGCAAAGUCCCGCCAAGGCUCAAGGUGUCCAAAAUCGUAAGGGGAUAGCAGCACUCGGUGGCGAUAUGUUUACUCCGAUGAAGCUUCAAUCCAUGUUCAAGACACCUACGCCCCCGGAAAAGCCAGUUCGCAACGCGUCCGCGCUGAAUCCUUUCACAAUGCCAGAUCCACCCGCCCCCAACAAGAAAUCAGAGAUCACAGAGACACAAGAAGUCGUUGUUCAGUCCGACAGAUCGGUGCAAGCUCAAGGUGACCAACUUGCAGCCUCCACGAGUGUGACACCAUUACCACCUCAACAAGGUGCAGUUCAGAUGCAUCCUCUCUCCAACUUGGGCAUCGGUGUCCCAAGCACACCCUUCACCUUUCAAAGUCCGCGUGCGCCCAUGCAGGACCGCCUUCAGGUAUCUCGUGGCAUAGUCCCAUCUCAGUCGUUGCAUAACAUGCAAACGCUCCAUCCCAGCGGCUUGCAAGCAACGGCACUUGCAAGGCCUGCAUCAGCGGCUGCAGAUCUGGGCCUCCUCACGGGCUCUCCUACUCCACACACGCCAAUGCGUUUGUUUAAGUUCAACUACGACGACGCCAUUACUCGGGCCAGGCUGGAAGAUAUGGUGAAUGAGAGGACACCCGUAGCUGCAACACAGCCUGUUAAAGCAGCCGAAGUCGAACGCGAGCGCAAACGUCUACGUCUCGAUGUCAGGCCGCGCAAAGUUCUCACGGGUGAUCUGAUGUCAAUGCCCGCGCUCAGCAGUGCCAACACUCGUCACCCUGCUAGCAACACUAGACCCGUGGAGGACUCUGCCUCAAAGCGUCAACCAGUUGUCGACUACGUCAAAGAAUCCGCAGAGUUCAUGAGCGCCCUCCAAAAUGCUGUCCGGGUGCCGUCUACGGGACCAGACACCUCGCCAGAGUGGGCGACAGAGGAAGAGGAAUCAUCUGGCAAUGGUCUCCAAGAAGAACAGCAGAUGUCGUUCCAUAGAGGCAAAGUAGAAGCUUCUCCUAACGCCUCAGUCACAUCUCCAGCCAGGCGCCGUCGUCGCUCGAUUGGAUUAGGGCACAAGAAACGACCAUCGCAGCAAAGUACGACAUCUCGUCAAGAAGUUGCACCGUCUGCCAACGAGCACAGAAGCCCGGAACGCUUGUCUUCUCGCAGGCUGCCGCUCGACUCGUCCUUCAUCACCGAGUCUAGCUCCAACGAAAUUCCCAUGUCGUCCACGCUAAAGUCUCGUGCAUCCCUUUCUAGUCGGAUCGCUGCCCUCUCCAAGGAGAUAGAAUCUCCUCGCAAGCUCUUACGUCGCAUCAGCGCGGCUGCUAUCGCCGAGGAUGAGGUGCAGGAAGAAUUCGAUAACCAGGAGGCUGAACCCGGCAAGAACUGGCGGCCCUAUAAGUUUGCCGAGGAAGCCGUCGCCUACCGAGAUGAUCAGAUUCGUCGGCUCGAAGAACGCAUCGCUCGACGCAGACAGCUUUACACUCCCGCCAGGCCAAGUGAAGCUGAUCAGGCAUUAGCUGAGGAUGAUCCUCAAACCGUACAGAGGCCACAACUGAUCACUUUGCACGAGCCUACGCUGGAUAUCAUCGCCUCUCAGCGUCGAUCACAUGUAAAUCACGGCUCCAGAGACGAUUCCGACUUGGACGACGACAGUGGUAUGACGGACAAUUUUGUGGCUCAGAACGGGCAAGAUGGUAACACUCGUCGAUUUCAGGACGGCAUCGUCCUCUAUGAUUCCGAGCGUAUCCCUGAUCCCCCUCUGCCGGAUCCAUCUCGCGUGCUGCGAAACAUUGCAUCUGCUGUUGAGCUGCGUAACACGGAAGCAGACCGCAAUACAAUGGCUCGCGCGUCCUCCUUGUUGGCAUUGCCUGCGCAGUCAACAGUCGAUACUGUUGGUGACGAAGUAGCAGAUCAUCAAGCCAAACGAGGUGACCGUACCACGUCCUCAAACACACUGGUCGAUCCGAGCAACGCUAGAACCCUGUCGGGCGAUGUCGGCUCGCAGCUCGCCAUUUCUGACCUCGGUGGCAAAGGCGCUACUAUCACUCGUACUGGUAGCCUCUUCAACAUCAGCCAGAUUCCCGAACAGGAGAUCGAAAGCCUAGGUCGCGGCAAACUUACCUUCAACAAGGAGCUGCAUCGUUGGGAAAAGGUACCGCGGUCGCGCUCUUCGCAAGAAGAUCUGCGAUCGGCUGCAAGUUCUCGUAACGACGUCCUCGAUGCAAGGCCGACGAGUAGAACGCCAAUUCCGGCCAUUCCGGAAGCGUCUGCAGAGCUGUCGAGAAGUCUGGACGUCUUUUCUGAGUCGACAGAGGAGCAACAGGCUCGUGAACAGCUCGGUGCUCGCACAAAUUCGUUUCAGCAGCGUCUUGCUUCCAACAAUCUCAGUAAUGCUGAUGGCAGGUUGAGCGACUCGAGCGACCCUUUCAGAGAUUUUGAAAGCUUUGGUCAGAGCUCACACGCUCCCGUUUCGUUGUCAGAUGCAGUCGACGAGGCGAAUGAGUCCACGCCGAGACCUGUCAAAUCGAAAACCUUGGUCUCAAAGCACGACUCGCGUCAGCUGCACGGAGCAACGCAGGCCCUAACGUCACAGCAGCCUGCGAAGGGCUCGCUCACGAUAUCCGAUGCAGCGGCACAGAACGAAGCUCUGGAGCCAUCCAUGCAGGUAUCUGCACCCAAUACAGCCCAGCCUCCAAGUGCCACCCCGAGGAAACUUGUUCCAAGGCCUCUGCCGACGAGCACGGUGCCAAGGUCAGGGUCGUCGCUCCGAAAUGUCGUCACCUACAGCCCAGAAUCGACGGCCAGCAGUCAUCAGUCCGGCUUGGGGCAGCUCGAGACCGACGGCCGGGACGAGCAAUCGGUGCAACGAUCAGAAUCGCCAAAUUACAACAUUCUCACAGAUCAAGCUCAGCCUUCAAGCUCGAAGCGACCUCGCGAUAACGCAAACCCAAACGUAUUCGCAACACCAGACCGCCGCGCUGCACACCAGCAUCUUGGUACGCCAACUCCGAGAGCCUCGACUUGUUCAAUUUCGACACCCAAAUCUAUCCUCAAGCAGCCUGCUGUCGGUCGCACUGAUGUUCCAGGGCGUUUGCACGGGGCCACUCACAACAUCUCGCACCACUCGGGUACGGGAGGCGGAACUCCGAAUAGAACGAUUAGCUUUGCAGACCCACCCUCCGCUACGCGUAUGCGUGAUCAAGGUUUAACUCUUUUGUCGCGAGGUGGAGGUGCAGCUGCAGGUCAGCGAGCUCGAGCCACGCUUGGAGCUGAGAAAGAAGAAGAUGCAGGUUCCGAAGAUGAACGGACGCAAGCUAUUUCAAGCGCCCUCAAGAUGCUAGCUGAUUUGACUCUUGGCGACGAGUCGGGCACCCUGGCAUCUAAGGCUUUGACUGCCUCGAAAAUGCGAGACUUGGAUGCCAAUCGUUCGCAUUGGUCUUACCAUACACUUCGGCGUCCGCGCAAGUCUCAACAUCCAACGGGUGAUGACGACGAUGACCACAGCUGGCGUCAGGACGAAGAGACUUAUGACGAAGUACAUGGGUAUCCAGACAUGACCCUGUUGACGGAUGCCUCUUUCAACUAUGCGCACGACAAGGUGUUGGAGGCGAUCACGGACGUUGAGCCCUGGGAGCCCGGCUGGGACGAAUUGCAGGCGAUCGACUUGAGCCGCCGACGUCUCGAGUCCUGUGUCCGCCUCAAGGAGUUUCUUCCUCUGCUCGAGGAAGUUGACUUGCAGACAAACGAGCUGUCAUACCUCACCGGUGUACCUUCCUCGGUGCGCGUGCUUAAUGUCGCCCACAAUCGUCUCACGUCAAUGGCCUCGUUUGGACACUUGCUGCAUCUAGAAGUACUCGAUAUCAGCGGCAACCAGAUCGACUCGUUGACGCAUCUCAGCUGCCUCAAGCACCUACACACGCUUAAAGCAGACGCCAAUGCAAUUUCUUCCCUGGCUGGCAUCGAUAAGAUCCGUAGUCUGACCCAUGUCAGCUUGUCUGGAAACCGUCUCAAAGGUAUCAAUCUAGCCACGACACAAUGGGCCGGCUUGGAGACGCUCGACGCGUCUCACAAUCAGCUCAUUUCUAUUCGCGGGCUGUCGCUGAUGCGUCGUCUCAAGUCGCUCAAUCUCGACCACAACGAUCUGAGCAUGGUCGACUUGUCACCUUCCAUGCCGAAAUUGCGCUUGCUGCGGGUAAGCGGCAACACGCACCUGCAGACACUCGACGUUGCGCCAGCCAAACGACUUCGAACGCUCUACGCAGACUACUGCGAUUUGGACUGUAUCCACAACCUCGACCAGCUCGAAGUUCUGGACAACCUUAGCAUGCGUCAGCAGGCAGAGGCAGCUAUCACUUGGCCGGCCAAUCAGCUACGCGAUGUGCGUCGAUUGUUCCUCUCGGGCAACGCUUUCCCGCAUGGUAUCUCGACUGCUGGUACAGCAAUGGAAGUUCACAAGCCGAUCGCAACACUGGCUGCCCAGGCGCCGCUGGUGCAGCCGCUCCGCUUCUUGAACCUGGUCUACCUGGAACUGUCAGCGUGUCAGCUGAUGCAGCUGCCUGCUGAUCUGGCUCAAGUAGCGCCCAACCUGCGCUCGCUGAAUCUGGACCAUAAUCUCAUCUCGACGCUUCCGAGCCUCGAGCAAAUGCAGAGGCUCAAGCGCCUCAGCUUGGUGGGAUGCCGGGUGAAGAAGAGCAAGUCGAUCAUCGUCGCAGUGCGCGGGCUGGCCGAGCUGCAGGUACUCGACUGUCGUACCAACCCUUGCACACUGGGACUCUAUGCUCCGGUAAUUGCGCCGUCGACGCUACCCACUCAUCGAGGCCAAGACGAUACGGCUGAUACGGAGGCACUUGCCGCAUCAUGGCUUCCACCUGUACCUAAUGCCCAGAUCGUACAACCUGAUCUGGCUGCUAGUGAACGACGACGCGAGGCGGCAAUACAGCGCGCGCAGAUCGAGCAGCUGGAGAAAUCGCAUUUCCAUAGACGACGCGCUCCUUUGGCUGACUAUGCGAUCGACCCGAAUGCUACGCUUGCAAGGAAUGCGCUCGAUAAGGAGACGGCCAGGAGAGCUGCAAAGGACGGAGCGAGCUAUUCGAACCUGUCGCACGCGGCAGAUGCCCGAUUUGUCAAGACGCUGCCCAAGCAAUUUUACGAGAGGAGAGUGUUGCAUCGCGGAUUGUUGGCGAUGGCAUGUCCUAAAUUGAGUUGGAUCGACGGAUUGGCAGUGGCAGAAGAGGAAAUCGAGGAGGCGGAUGCGCUGGUUCAAAGCCAUCGAUUCGACCGCACGCCGGUGGCGUGA